AGCAAAACUCAAUUUUUUUCCUACACGUCUCUCUCUAAUAUUUCAUCUAUAAUAAAGCUUUCUUCUAACCUUUCUUAGCUAAAAUUUUCAUUCAAACAACACUUCCCUUUGUUUCACAUGGCUUCCAACAACAUUAAAAUUCACGAACACUUUAAGGUAGUUCCAACAUCAUCAACUCAAACAACAACAAUAACCCCUCUCACUUACUUUGAUAGAUUUUGGCUACGGUUUCAUCCGGUAGAACGUGUUUUCUUCUACACCCUCCCAAAUUCACAAUCACACCCCUCUUUCUUCUUCCAAGAAAUAGUUCCAAAUCUCAAAUCUUCACUUGCUUUAACCCUCCAACACUUUCUCCCUUUAGCCGGUAAAAUCGUUUGGCCUUCUGAUUCUUCAAAACCAUUCAUCCAAUUCAAUCCCAACGAUGAAGACGGAGUUUCAUUACUAAUUGCAGAAUCUGAUUUAGAUUUCAACCAUCUCAUUGAAAACUCACCACAAGAAGCUUCGUUGUCUCGUUCGCUUAUACCCUAUUUAGAAUCAACAGAUUCUUUUGCUUCUGUUAUCUCAAUUCAAAUAACCCUUUUUCCGAAAAAUGGUUUUUCUAUAGGUAUCAGCACACACCAUGCAGUUCUUGAUGGAAAAUCUUCAACCAUGUUCAUCAAAGCAUGGGCUUAUCUAUGCAACAAAAUAAUCAAAACCCUAGAAGAAUCACCAACUUUGUCGCCAAAAUUAGAGCCUUCAUUCAAUAGAGAAAUCAUCAAAGAAAAUAACUCAAUCGAGAGCUUAUCCAAGAUAUUCCCAAGAGAAAAAGGAAACGAACGAAGCCUAAAGAUUUUUCCUUUUGAACCAAAACUCGAAGAAUCUGUCCGUGCUACGUUCAAGCUCACACGCGAAGAUUUGGAUCAAAUAAAACAAAGGGUGUUAUCGAAAUGGGAUAUAUUCGAAACAAAUGAUCCAAAGCCAGAGAAUUUAUCGUCGUUUGUUCUCACUUGUGCUUAUUCACUAGUUUGCAUUGCAAAAGCCAUUCAAGGAGUUGAAAAGGAGAGAGAAAAGUUUACAUUUGCUUUCACUAUAGAUUGCAGAUCGAGGUUAGAACCACCAAUACCAAAUAACUAUUUUGGAAACUGUGUAUUAGGGCAUUUCAUUAACACACAACCAUUGGAUUUCAUAAAAGAAGAUGGUUUGAAUUUAGUUUCAAAAAGUAUUUAUGAUCAAAUCAAGUUGAUAAAAGAAGAGGGUGUUUUUGAAGGAAUUAAAGAUGUGUUUGCUAAAUAUACUUCUUUGGUAAGUGAAGGAGUUGAAAUUAUAGGAGUGGCGGGGUCUAAUAGGUUUGGUGUUUAUGAGACUGAUUUCGGUUGGGGAAGGCCGGAGAAGGUGGAGAUAGUGUCGAUCGAUAGAGGUUUAACAAUUGGUUUGGCAGAGAGCAAAGAUGGUAAUGGUGGAGUUGAAGUUGGGCUUGUUCUUAAUAAACAUGUAAUGGAUCGCUUUAGCACUUUGUUUCUUGAAGGACUAAGCAUUGAUUGAUUGAUUAAUAAGCAUAUGGAUUGGACAAAAUGGACAACAUUUAUUUCUUUAAGAACUUUUAGUUUGCAUUUUUUUCCUUAUCACCAUCAGUAUAGUUCGGUUUCGGGAAUCAGCUCUGACAUCAAGUGGGUCAAACCUCCUUCCAAUCGCAGUUACGAGAUAACGAACCGUAGUUCUUUCUACCAAAUCCAGCGCCAAUCAAAAUGGACAACAUUUAUUUUUUACGAACUUUUAGUUUGCAUUUUGAAUAAAAGAGAGAAUGAUUUUUUUUUGUUGAAUUAAUUACAUUUCUAAUACUAUAUUUUAGCAAUGAGAUAUUAUAAAUAAAUAUUAGUUUUAUAAUAGUACGUACAUCAUGAUUGUUCUAGAUCAUUGAAUUUGUUUAGACCAUACUAUGUUGUUUUUAUUCUA